AUUUUGAUUUAACAUAACAUGAUUUCAUAAUUCAUUCACGUCAUGUCUCGAUAAAGGUUUAUUAAAGGUACAAUUUACACUGCUUCUUAUUAUACGGUAGAAAAUAUUGGGGCCGACCAAGAAAGUAGUUGUACUCAAGUAACUACUACGAUAAAAAGAAGGAUAAGAAGAAAAAAACUAAGAGCUGCAAAGUUCUUAACUAGUGUAAAAGUUAACAUUGAUCAUAAUACUAUAAAUGUGAGAGAAUAUUCAUAUUCUAAUACUGCAAACAUUGUGCCAAAAACACAAAAAGAUUUUGAUACAAAAAUUAAUUCAGAUGAAAUUAAGAAAACAUUAGAUGUUCCAUUAAAAAAUACUAGCCUAGAAGAUAGAAUUGAAAAAAUGUCUUCCAAACAAGGGUCUGAAAAAACAAGAGAUGAUGUAAUGGCAACGAGAGAAGCUAAGAAGCUGUUAAAGCAGAAAGCAAAGGCAAAGAACAUUGAAAAUAAAGAUAAUGGAUCUACAAACAUUCAACUGCCGACCACCAUUAGAGAUUCGGAAACUAAGAAGAAUAUAAGUACUAAUGUUAUCAAAAAUCCUCCUAAAAUACCUGUAGCAUGUGAUAAAAUAAAUUCAACUCCAUCCAUAACAACUAAAGCAGAAUCACCUAAAAGUAAAGAUGAAGUUGACAGAGCUAUUCAAAAUGAUAAUAUAGAUAUAAAUGCAGAUAAGUCUAAAGAACUCAUUAAAGCUGAGAGAGCUGCCAAGAAAGCAGCUAAGCAAGCUAAGAAAAAACCAAUACAAGAAAGUGGUGACAAAAAUGCUGUUGUAGCACAAGAUUUUACUGUCAAAGAUGUAGUAAACACCCUGAAAGAUAUUGUAAAUAUUGCUAAAGAUGUACAAGCUGUGACUGAUAAAGUUAUAGCAAUUGACUUCACAACGAAAAAGGGUGAAGAAUCUACGAAAUCUAAAGCAGAAUUGAGAGCAGAGAGGCGUGCUAAGCAGGAGGCACAGAGAGCAUCAAAGCAAGCUGCACAACAGCAAAUACCUGCAGAGGUGAAGACAGAACAACCCAGCAAACAAGUUGAUAAACCUAAAGAGGAAAAGUCAUCAAAAGCAGCAACAAAGACAGCAGUAGAAAAGUCCAAGCCGAAAUCUCAGGGUAUGCAGAAAAUGAAUUGGUUCCAACAUUUGUACACUGAACAUGACAAAGAAUCACUGAAACAAAUGGCAAUUAAUUCAAACUUACACCCUGCUGUUAUUAAACUGGGCGUGCAACUUGCAUCACGUGUUGUGACUGGAUCUAAUGCAAGAUGUAUAGCAUUGUUGGAUGCAUUGAAAAAGAUGGUUAGAGACUACAGCCUACCGGCGCGCACGGAGUUCGCUCGGGGACUGGAGGCGCAGCUGGCGGCCAGCGUCGAGUUCCUGUGGGCCGUAAGACCACCCGCCGCCUCGCAGACCAACGCGCUCAAGUACUUCCGGUACCACCUCACGCAGCUGCCCAAUAACGUAGACGAGUUCGACGCUAAAAAACGGCUUCAAGAGGAGAUUGAUCGAUACAUCCGCGAACAGAUAGACAUGGCAGGCGAGGCCAUCAGUAUAGCCGUACGAAACAAGAUAUCUACCAAUGAUAAUAUACUCACUUAUGGAUGCUCGUCGCUGAUUGAGCGCAUCCUGUGCGAGGCGCAGGCGGCGGGCGUGGUGUUCCGCGCGGUGGUGGUGGGCACGCGGCUGCAGCGCGGCGCACGCGAGAUGUUGCGCCGUCUGCUCGCCCGUGGAGUGCGCUGCUCCUACGCCGACAUCUCCGCGCUUAACUAUCUUAUGCGAGACAUGAACAAGGUGUUGGUGGGCGCGGCGUCGUUGCUGGCCAACGGCGCGGUGCUGGCGCCGGCCGGCACGCUGCAGGCGGCGCUGGCGGCACGCGCGCACAACGUGCCGCUGCUGGUCGCCUGCGAAACACACAAGUUCGCCGACACCGUGCAGACCGACGCCUUCGUACACAACGAAAUAGGUGAUCCAGACGAUCUCAUUGAUAAGAAUGACGAAAAUUCGCCAUUGAAGGAUUGGAGAACGAAUCCCAAUUUAUCGCUUCUCAACUUGAUGUAUGACGUCACACCUCCGAGUCUAGUCACCGCAGUUGUAACAGAACUGGCAAUACUACCUUGUACUAGCGCCCCUGUUGUCCUACGUUUUAAAUUAUCUGAAUAUGGACUGUAAAUGAGCACAAAAAAAAACAUUUUGAUUUAUUUUUAGUAAUAAAUAUUAUGAAAUUAA